ACUGCUGUUAGGCUGAUUGGCUGUUGUCUCGCUGAGAGAGAAGUCUCGGAGCCUAGGGGCUCUAUCUCUGCCACCGCUUCUUGCUCCCCCUGUCUGUCCUUGGCUUGCUGUAGGGACACUGAUAGUUGCUGCAUGCCAGCAAUAUUGAUGAUUCUAAUUGGCGGUCUUAUUUUGGUGUGUGUUAGCAAUUAAGGCAGUGCGCACAGAGACGGGGUGAGCCUUAUGUUUCCUAUGCCUCCCCUUUCAUUUCUAUGCGUCCAAUCUCAAGCACUCAGCUGAUAUUUGUAUUGUGCCCCUGCACUCGAUUGUCUAAAUAUUUGGAUAUAAGAAGACAAAAGAUUUUAUUUUGUUAUUGAAAGCUGCCUUUUGUCGACACAGGAACUCACAGUGGCGGAUGCAGAAUCACGUGCAUGACUCUGGCGACAGCUCAGAGGAUGAAUUCUUCGAUGCACGAGAGGAGGUGGCGGAAGGUAAAAAUGCUCUUUUACUAGGAAUGAGCACAUGGAACUCGAAUGAUUUGGUGGAACAGAUUGAGACAAUAGGAAAGUUGGAUGAACACCAAGGUGAUAUGUACGGUGACACUCACAUUAGACAAGGAUGCUCUACACAAGGAAGUAUAGAAGGACAGGAGGACACAGAGGAUACGAAAAAGUGCAAGAUUCAUGUACUUAUCUUGGUACUUCACGGAGGAAGUAUUCUGGACACAGGAGGAGGAGACCAAAGCUCCAAGGCAGCUGACGUUAAUACUUUUCAGUCAGUUCUUGAAAAAGUCACCAGGGCCCAUUUUCCAGCAGCUCUGGGACAUUUCCUCAUCAAACCUGUUCCCUGCCCUCCCAUCUGCUCUGAGGCAUUUUCACUGGUUUCUAACUUAAAUCCAUACAGCUAUGAUGAAGGCUGUCUGAGUAGCAGUGAAGAUCACAUUCCACUGGCUGCACUGCCCUUGCUCGCAAUAUCUUCCCCACAAUAUCAGGAUGCAGUCACAACAGUGAUUAGCAGAGCGAAUCAGAUUUACAGUGAAUUCCUGAAGUCUGUGGAUGGGAUUGGAUUCAAUGGCCAGGUUUGCUUGAUUGGGGACUGUGUCGGAGGUAUCCUGGGAUUUGAUGCCUUGUGUUACAGUGCACAUACGACAUGCGAAAGCCAGAACAGCAGCAGGAGGGGGAGUAUUGGCAGUAUACAGGAUAACACACUUUUAACAGAUGAAGCUGGAUCCGACUUCAGCUCCAGCAAACGACUUAGCAAAAGCAACAUAGACAUCUCAGGGAUUGAUGCUGAAGAACAAAGGAAGCCAUUGCCAAGGAAACAAAGUGACUCUUCUACCUACGAUUGUGAUCCCAUUGCACAGAAUCAUGCUUUUCUAACAAGAAGUCACUCCAGUGCAUUAAAUGAUGACCCUGAUUUACAAAGGACAAGUAGCACUAACUUAUUAGAUGGAAAUCCAGGACGAUUUGACUUUGAUGUCUCUGACUUCUUCCUCUUUGGCUCCCCACUGGCUUUGGUUCUGGCAAUGAGGUGGACAGUACUUCCUUCAGUAGAUGUGUCUCACCUGCGGCCUGCUUGCAGCCAGGUGUACAGCCUCUUCCAUUCAGCUGAUCCCUCUGCCUCUCGGUUAGAACCGCUGCUGGAGAAAAAGUUUCACCUCGUGGCUCCGUUCCCUGUUCCAAGGUACCAACGAUAUCCUUUGGGAGAUGGGAAUUCUGCUCUUCUAGCUGACCUUUUGCAGAGCCACGCAUCUCUCUUUCUGGAAACGUCUAAUGCUCCCACAUCUCCUAAGACCUUACUGACACAAUUGCAACGAGGGAUACGGAGAGGUAGUCAAACCAGCAUUACCAGUGAGGUGUCAGGAUCUUCCGAGAGCAUCUUUGCAGCCAAUAUUGCGAGCAUCACUACAAAAUGGUGGGGGACCAAGAGGAUAGACUAUGCACUGUAUUGCCCUGACACGUUAACAGCUUUUCCAACUGUGGCUCUACCACACUUGUUCCAUGCAAGCUACUGGGAAUCAACUGAUGUGUUGGCAUUUGUUCUACGGCAGGUAAUGAGGUAUGAAAGUGUGAAUAUAAAGGAGAACGACAGCAAGGAUUCAUCCACGUGCAAUGAAUCAAGCCCACGGGAGAAAUGGCUUCGCAGACGAACGCACGUGAAGCUUAGGAAUGUAACUGCGAACCACCGAGCCAAUGACGUUAUCAUAGCAGAAGGUAGCCCUCAGACACUGAUGGGAAGAUUUAUGUAUGGUCCUCUGGACAUGGUCACCCUGACUGGAGAAAAGGUUGACAUUCUACUCAUGACACAGCCACCCUCAGGAAGGUGGGCAUAUUUUGACACUGAGAUCACCAGUAACAGUGGCAGGAUCCUGUACACCAUUCCAGAUGGAAAGAAGCUCAGUGUUGGUGUUUAUCCGGUGAAGAUGGUUGUAAGAGGCGACCAGACCUCUGCAGAGAGCUACCUUACAGUAUUGCCAAAGGGGAUGGAAUGUGUUGUUUUCAGCAUCGAUGGUUCUUUUGCUGCUAGUGUCUCUAUCAUGGGCAGUGACCCGAAGGUCAGAGCUGGAGCUGUGGAUGUGGUCAGACAUUGGCAGGAGCUGGGCUACCUCAUCAUUUACAUUACUGGACGCCCAGACAUGCAGAAGCAAAGGGUGGUUUCCUGGCUGGGUCAGCAUAACUUUCCCCAGGGAAUGAUCUUCUUCUCUGAAGGCCUGGUCCAUGAUCCCCUGCGACAAAAAACAAUCUUUCUACGCAAUCUUGUGCAAGAGUCCCAUAUUAAGAUCUCUGCUGCGUAUGGCUCCAUGAAAGACAUUUCAGUUUACAAUGUCCUAGGAUUGCCAGCGUCUCAGAUCUACAUUGUUGGACGCCCGUCAAAAAAAUAUCAGAACCAGUGUCAGUUUCUGUCUGAAGGUUAUGCUGCUCACCUGGCCCAGCUGGAGUUCAGUCGCCGCUCCCGCCCGAAGAAGAGCAACUCGCGAAUGAUUUUACGGAAGGGGAGCUUUGGCCUGUCUGCUCAACCUGACUUCCUUCGGAAAAGAAACCACUUGCGCAGGACUAUGUCAGUGCAGCAGCCGGACCCACCGUCCUGCAACCCUAAGCCGGAGCGAGCCCAGAGUCAACCAGAAUCGUAUAAGGAGGAGAGACACCCCCACAGCAUCGCCUGGGCCCGGAGCGGAGGCUCCAAAUCAGAGCCAGGCGUUUGAGCAGUGUACCAUGGGCAACAGAGAGUUCCAGGCUAUGUCCAGGUUCUGAAGGUGCGCUCAGAAAAGCAGCUUGUGCAUUAUGAUGCCCAUUCUUGUUCCAAAAGAUAUUGGGCUAGAAUUUCAUCUAGUGUCCAAUAAAUGGCAGAAGUGGCUUGGGCAGCACUUCUACCCGUGCAAAUGACCAGGCGUUGACCACUGCAAAUCUUCAUUUAACUAAGGGAGCCAAGGAUUUGGAAGGCUGCCAGUGUGGGGGGAGAAGCUUUGCCUUCCAGGAGGGUAUAUUGGGGAAUUCACAGAUGGAAAUCGUUAGGAGCAUCUUCGUAGUUUCCCAAUAUGCGCUCCCAGUGGGUGUGUUCCCCCACCGUGAGCAUCCGUUCAUAACCUCAGCUGAAUAUCUUUACCAGUGAUCGUGGCCUUUAGAUAGUUACUGAGCCAGACCUCAGUCACACCUAUAGCACAGGUGAGUUACUAGUCCUUCCAGCAUGUCAAAGACGACUGUGGUUCUCUGUUGCCAAUGAGAUACUCCAAAAGAUCGUUUAUACCUGUUCUAUGUCUAAGCUUGAUACAUAGAAUAACACAAUGUAAUGUUGGCAUAACCUCUGGACAAGAACUGAAUAUUUAUCACUUCUCUCAAAAGCACUCUGGGUCUUUGCUUUCCAGAACUGUAAUGGAAACCUUGUAGACGGAUGCCCAGUUUGACAUGUGAGUGUUGGCAGGACAGAGAAUCCCUGCCUUUACUUUAAGAUUUGUUGCUAAGACUUGGAUUGAUUAAGAUCAAGUGGACUUCACAGCAAUUUGUUUCACUCACUUGUUUAAAUGGAAAAGCUUCUCCAAGCUUCAAGAUCAAAGUGACGAACAAAAACGGUUCAGGCCAUUUUGGCAUGGCAUAAGGUCAGGUUGUCUGAACAGUCAUCUGUAACCCAGUCUCCCAUAACCUGUGGUUAUACAGAGCAUAGCCCCUGGCACUAUUUGUAUAAUGGAAAUGACUCAGCUACCCAAUCAGAUGAAGAUGAUGAAGGAAAAUGCUCUUGUUCAAUUAGAUUUGCUUUGAUUAACUUGUUACAGACAUGAUUAAACUAAAUCACUUUCUUUAAUCCUGCUAAUUUGUAAUCAUUUAGUCAGAGCUUCUACUUUGCAAUCAAGCUAGAUUUAAAAAUUCUUUUCUUCUAAAAACUAAAUCCUUGCUGUUGUGAAGUUACCGUUUCUUAUGAGGCAUCCUUAAUAAAGGAAAGGGCCCACAGUCAAGAUGUGAAUUCCUCAGUUCUCUGUAGCCUGAUCUAAGGGUGCCUGAUUUUUUUUUAACUCAGUUUCAUAAUUUCCAAAAUUGACAAGUUUUUUGUUCCCUUUCAGUACUUUUAUCUUUGCAAGGAAAGAAUUCAUUAUUUUACAAACAAAAUACCUGAACAAGUUAUUCACCAGAACUUGCAGAGCCAAGUGGGAUAAUUAAAAAAAAUUAAACGGCUAAUUCAAAGUGACAUAAAUAGUGCAGGGCUGGGGUUCUCGUUAAUGUUGGAACUGUUAAAAAUCAGAUGGAAGGGUUUGGGCCUUUUGUUGUUGGAUGUAGUCAUUAUGUAGCUCUUGUGAGGUACAAGUAUUACUAGCCACUUGUUUGUCCAAACCUGAAUGUCGCUCUUGUCUAAGGUGGUGUAAAUAACCAUUAGAAGGGCAACCGUUGUGCCCUAUUGUUAUACCCAGGCAACACUGCCCUGAAAUUGAAGUCCAAUUCCUCAAAGCUACCUUUUGCAUGACAUUUUUGCAUCCAUUCCUGAAUGAAGGCUGUGAUAAGGUGUAGAGUUGAAAUGUGCUGGUGGGGCAUUCAUUGAGUAUUGAUGAGUAGGUGCUGAUUGACUUAUUUCAUUACUUUAUUGAGGAUUGAUAGCUGUUGUAAUUAGUUUGUUUAGAAUUAGUCAACUGGAAUUUCUAGUGGGGUUCUCACAAUCCCAUGCUGUAAAUUUGCUAAACCUAGAGAAAUUGUGUACAUAGCUUUUGUUGCCAUUCCUAUGGUCUUAUUAUAUAACACUUUUCACUGUAUUUUAACAGAUACAUGUGACAAUCAAUCAAUUACAACCCCAAUAGAGUUCUACUCUACUGGGGUUGUAAUUUUUUGCCAUUAAGGUCAAUCUAGACAAUUUUCAAUAACACCAGGUAGUUGACAAUGGUAGCAGCUAUUCAAGCCAUUGGACUAAGGGAGGAACAUUUGGUGUCACAUUGUCAGUACUGCAAACAAGAUGUUAUUAGGCCACUUAGCCUUCAAUAUGUCCAGUUCAUUCAACAAGUUCAUAAUGUCAGGCAAAGUGAGCAUAAGUAGCAAGACAGUGGCAUGUAUCAUAGUGGAGUCAUGGGAAAAGGCUGUCCUUGUGGCAUUUUUAGCUGAAGAGACUGGCAAAGAAUUUUGUCUUGAUCCUUGAAUUUAAAUUGUAAGGCUUCAUCAUUGUUAAAACUUGAGAUGUUCAUGCAGCCUGCUCUUCCAGUUAGUUGUCUAUGCUCUAUUCUGCUCCACUGGUGGGUUGGGAGGCUUCAUUCGCAGCUUUUAAAUGUGAAAUCAUGUGUUCUUUCAAUGACCUUCUACUUCUGGUGUUUAGCACAUGUGUACUGUAGUGUCAGUGCUUGAUGCUGCUGCCGCCACACUUUUCUGCUAUCCUUGGUGGACCAGAGUUGGUUUCCUAGCCUGAUGCUGAUGGAGAAGCGUAGGUUGUGAGGUUGCAGAUUUUGUUUGUACAAAACUUCUUACUGCUGAUAUCCCAUAAUGCCUCACAGAUGUCCCAUCCUUAGACUGGAUAAUGGAGGGAACCCUCAGGUGAUAAGACUUGAUCAGCCUUAAAGGCGAUGCAGUGAGAAUUCCUACCAGUGCUGGAUAAAUGUGUCUGUGACAAGGUGUGUGGGUGAAAAAGAUCAGAAAUGAAUCUGACCACAAGAAUUGUGUUACCUUUGAUUUUAAUCAAAAUAGUUCAAUAUUGAAACCAACAUAUGUCUUCUGCCUUCAUCGAUCACUCAUGCUAUGCUUUCCCCUUUCCCACCAUAAUCUUUCUCAUUCUCACUGCGUCACUUUUGAGGUUGAACCGUUGAAUGGUCUUGUUGUCCAUUAUCGAAUCCAGUGGAACCACCUCAAGCAAAAGUGCCUUUUUCCUUCUUUCCAGUCAAAUCAUCUUACUUCAUCAAAAUUAUCAUCAAAGAUGAUCCUGGAUCCCUCAAAAGAAAACUUUUUUCCUCAAUCUCCUUUUGUUCUUUCUGGCUUUGCCUCCGAAUCUGCGGUACCCAUUGUGAUAUGAUUAAGGACAUGCAGUUUGUCGCCUUUGGCCCUUUCUACUUCUGGUGCAUGAGCCUUGAUACCUUAACCACAUAUCAUACCACAGCUUCUUCCCCAGUUUCUGCUGUGCUCAUUUGUUGCUAAAUAUGCUCUUCCUACUGCAGUCAAUACACAAUGAUAAAAAAAACCUUGUAUUUCAUGGUGUUUGUUGAUUUAGAUCCCUUUGCACAACAGUCCUUCUUAACCCUGCCUUCUCCCCUUCCCUAAAAGUCCAUCCUUAACACCUUUAUUCUCUCCAGAUUUACAAAAUCCCUUUCUCUUCUCAAGGAUCUUGAAAACGUAAGUAUUACUGAUCUACACUUGCAUUGCCACUAUUUCAGGUUUCAAAUACUUUAAUUAGAUGUCUACUCCUUCCAUAGCAUCAAAUCUAUGUCCAGAAUCAUCAGUUGCAUUGGAUAUAUAUGUAGGAUGAACUUUCUCCCCUUGAUCUGUACCUGCCCGAUUUGAAAUGGUUGAUUGCUGCUUGAAACUAACGUAUUCCCACCUAUCCCAGCAAUGUCAGUAUAUUUCUGGUGGUGACCUUUCUUCCCACAUCUGUGUUAAUAUCUUUGAUCAGCUAAGCUUUCACCCUUGAUUCCUGUUUUCCAUGAUGGCCUUUAGUGAUCUUGUCCAUAAGCACCAAAUCAGCUUCCAGUAUAUGCUGCUGAUGCCAAGCUCCACUUCAUUUCCAGGACCAGUGCUAUUCUAUGUAUAUUUUUUGUUUGGGUAUAGCUGUGCUGGAACAUUUCCCUACUUAAAUGGCAAGACUGAAACUGUUCCAAUAAUCUUCCAACAAAAAGUCACAUCCUUAAGACACACCUUCCCAGCUUCAACAGUUUUCAGAGUGAACAUUCAGAUGAAGAUUCAGAUCCUAAUAUCCCAACCAUCAUAAUGACCUUCACUGCUACUACUGCAACAUCAUCUAACUGUACCUGAACCUAAUCUCCACUGUCACUGAAAUGAUUAUGGCUUCAAAACUUUCAUACUGUUAAUACCCUUAAAAACAUUAUUUUAGACAGGAAACCACCAUCAAGAUUGCUUCUAAAACUGCCCUCUUGCAAAUUAGUUCCAGCUAUUUUGGUCUUGCUGAAAGUGCAUUGUAAAGUAGCCAGACAAUCCAAGACUAUUGAUUUCUACUUUCCAUACAUGAAGAUGUUUACAAAUUCUCCCACAUGCAUCCUGUCCCACUCAUUUUGCUUAUUUUGAAUAAUAUCCAUUGCUCCAUUGUCAAUGCAUUGCAUUCAGACUUCAUUCUGGCACCUUUCAUGGUCCUUUAUCUACAUUCCUGCAGACCAAUAUCCCGAAUUAUGCUGCUGUAUCUUCCAAAAUUAGCCUCUUGCAUAUUCUGCCUUCCUUUGUCCUUUGCUGGACCUCACCAUAUAUGCCUUGGUCCCAACCUUAGUACUGCUGCCUCACAGUGCCAGGCAACCAGGUUUGAUUCUAGCCUCGGACGACUGUCUGGUUGGAGUUUGCACAUUCUUCCUCUGUCUGUGUGGGUUUCCUUCAGGUACUCCAGUUUCUUCUCACAGUCCAAAGAUGUGCAGUCCAGGUGAAUUCGCAAUGCUAAUUUGCCCAUAGUGUCCAAGGAUAUGUAGGCUAGAUAGAUUAGUCAUGGGAAAUGAUUGGUUACAGGGAUAGGGU